AUCCACGGUGACAGACAUAAAAAAAUUGUUAAGAAAAUUUUAAAAUAAAACUUAAAUAUAUAAGAUAAAAAGUUUUAAUACUAAUUAGUGCACGAGUUAAAGGGACAACCUGGUUAAAAAUAGUGUAGACAUAAAAAUUAAAAUUAAAAUUAUGUGCUGUAGUUCAUGAAAUAGUAUUAGUUUUGUACAAAAAAUAUAUAAAUAUCUAAAAUGACUGUUACCGAAGAAAAGCCUCAAAUAGAGCCUAUGCUUUUGGAAGAAGGUGGUGCCAAAUUAGGGGUCAGUAAAAAAGCACCACAGCUUCUUGUAGCGUCUAUCGUUUGUCUGUGCGCGGUGUUGGCAGGAACCUGCAUCGCGUGGAGUUCUCCCGUCUUGAGCGAAUUGGAGAACGAGAACUCCACCUUGCCAAUAACGCAAUCAGAAGGAUCAUGGAUAAGUUCUCUCUUAGCAAUUGGUGCCAUCGUCGGCGCCCCCCUAACAGGGUUUCUGGUGGAAAAGUUUGGACGCAAGAUGACUAAUUUGAUGUUGGGAUUUCCGUUUCUGGCCAGUUGGGCCCUUAUAGUAUUCACCAAUUCGGUGACCUGGUUGUACAUUGCUAGGAUCCUGGGCGGGAUAGCCACUGGGGGUGCAUGUGUGGCGACGCCGAUGUACGUGAGUGAGAUUUCCGAGGAUUCACUCCGUGGUACGCUAGGCGCCUUUUUUCAACUCUUUCUGACCUCAGGAAUCCUAGGUGUGUUCGCCAUAAGUUCUGUUGUCACCUACAAAGUGAUGAGCACCUGCUGCGGGUUGAUCACCGUUAUAUUUGUGCUUCUAUUUUAUUUCUUCUGUCCAGAGACGCCAACGUAUUUGCUAAAAAUUAACAAAACAUCGGACGCCAAAAAUGCACUUUUUAGAUUGAGAGGUGAACGAUGCGGGGCGGAACGUGUUUUGAAGCAGAUCCAGGAAGAUAUUGAUAAAAGUUCAGGAGGCAACGUGUCCAUUAAGGAUUUGUUUUCCAAUCGUGUCACCUUCCGCGGUCUAGUGGCAACUUUGGGUCUCAUGGUUUUCCAACAGUUGUCUGGAAUCAAUGCUGUGAUCUUCUACAGCGUGUCCAUAUUUAAAUUAGCAGGAAGUGACCUGGACCCUGCGGUGUCUUCGAUCAUCAUCGCAGCAGUGCAAGUGGUGAUGAGUCUAGCUGCUAUUGGAUUGGUAGAGAAAUUUGGUCGGAAAACUUUGCUAAUGAUCAGUUCCACGGUUAUGGGAAUCUGUUUGGCAGCUUUGGGGUAUUACUUCAGGGUGCAAACAUCAGGCGAAGACGUCACCUCUCUGGGCUGGCUUCCUCUGUCUAGCCUGGUUUUGUUCAUCGUGGCUUUUUGCAUAGCCUAUGGGCCCAUUCCCUGGAUGGUCAUGGGUGAGAUUUUCUCUGCCGACGUUAAAGGAGCUGCUUGCAGCCUAACAGUCAUCGCCAGCUGGUCCCUCGUCUUUCUGGUCACUAAAGUAUUCCCCAGCAUGAGGGAGACUUUAGGAGGAGAUGUCACCUUUUGGAUCUUCACUUUCAUGAUGAUCGUAGCAACUGCUUUCGUGUUCUUCUUGGUGCCGGAGACGAAAGAUAAAACGUUGGCUGAAGUCCAGGACGAAUUAAGAGGGCACCAGAGUCGGAUAUAGAGGAAUAAUAAUAUAUUAUUGUAAUGAAUAAGGGAUAUUUUUAUAGGGAAA